UGCGGCAGCGGCAGCGGCAGCAGCAGCUAAUCGAAUCACCGAUUCAUCUUUCUUUUUCUCCCUUCCCCACUCCCCUCCCAUCUCCGCUCCGCUCCGCUCCCAUGGCGUGCCCGCCAAAACCCUAGCCAGCCAGCCAGCCAGGCCCGGGACAGCGCGCGCGUCACCCUCCCCACCUCCGCGGCCGGCAGUAGCGCCGGCGCAGGCAUGGACCACCAGCACCACAAGGCCGGGCUGCGGGGGCGCCUCCGGGUCACCGCGGCGCGGCGCCGGGCGUGGCAGCAGCAGUCCGCCGCCUGCUGCAAGAGGCCCGCGCGCCGCGACCCCGUCGACACCGUGCGCAAGUUCAUGCGCCGCGAGAUCGGCGGGGGCCACCGACGGCCCCCGCGCCCCGCCGCGCCCUCCACCUCCGCCUUCUCCUGCCCCGAGAAGUUCCGCAACUUCCAGCUGCAGGAAGAAUACGACACAUAUGACGAUCCGUUUGUCCAGCUGCCAUUGGGGUGGAACAGAAGGAGAAUUAUUGAGAUUGUAGCUGCAAGAGAUUUAAUAUUUGCGCUUGCUGAAUGUGGUCUUUGUGGUGCAUUCAAUCGGACAACAAACAAGCGCAUCUGCCAUUUGAAUAUAAGCCCGGAUGAAGUGAUUAGGAGUUUGUUCUAUAAUAAGAACAACGACUCACUUAUCACUGUUUCAGUUUAUGAAUCAGAUCGUUACAGUUCACUGAAGUGCAGAACAACUCCAAUAGAGUACAUCCGGAGAGGCCAGCUGCAUGAUGGAUUUCCUUUAUUCGAAACUGAAUCGCUAAAAUAUCCUGGUUUUGUUGAGUUUGAUGAUGUUAAUGGCAAAGUAUUGACUUUUUCGGCACAUGAUAGCACCUACAAGGUUUUUGAUCUAAAGAAUUACAACUUUCUGUAUUCAAUUUGUGAUAAGGACAUCCAGGAGAUAAAGAUAAGCCCUGGGAUCAUGCUUGUGAUAUACCAGAAGGCAAGUAAUCAUGUCCCACUAAGGAUAUUGUCAAUCGAGGAUGGAACACCGCUGAAAACCUUCACUCAGCUCCUGCAUCGAAACAGAAAGGUUGACUUCAUCGAGCAGUUCAAUGAAAAACUUCUUGUGAAGCAAGACAAGGAAAACCUACAGAUUAUUGAUGUUAGAAACUCCGGUCUGAUUGAGGUGAACAAAACAGAGUUCAUGACCCCUUCAGCGUUCAUCUUCCUGUAUGAAAAUAAUCUGUUCCUGACAUUCUGCAAUAGAACAGUGGCUGCUUGGAAUUUCCGUGGAGAGCUAGUUACAUCGUUUGAUGACCAUGAGUUGUGGCAUCCUAACUGCAAUACCAAUAAUAUAUACAUCACCGCCGACCAGGACUUGAUUAUCUCAUACUGUAAAGUUUCAAGAGGCGGCACAAAUGAUGCUGACGAUGAAGGCCGGGAAGGUUCAUGCAUGGGAUCGAUCAACAUGAGCAACAUCUUCACGGGGAAGUGCGUCGCCAAGAUCUCGGCCUUCGACCCUACCCUCACAAUCGCUCCCCGGAGAAACGGCGACACCAGCAGAUCCACCAUCCGUAGCAGCGUGUCGGACGCCCUGGAGGACAUCACGGCCCUCUUCUACGACGAGGACCGCAACGAGAUCUACACCGGGAACAGUAGGGGUCUUGUGCAUGUGUGGUCUAAUUGAUUAGUUGGUCUCCUCGCCGCACAUAGCUUGCCCCUCCCAAUCUCUGUACAUAGACCUGUACCUGCAUUUGCAUCCCGUUGUCGCAUACACCAGUCAAUUGUAAUGGCCGCUCCUGUGGUCGGACUUUAGUGGGUGGGGUUGUACCUUGACUUGUUUUGUGUUGUUAUUACACCAUUGGUUAUUAGAAUAAUGCAGUAAUAAUAAUCUGAUGUGUAGAUUUGUUUC